GUGUACGCCGGUAGUGAAGCGUCCGUUCGGUCCGGUUCUCUUGUAACUGCGGUGUUAAGGAUGGCGAGUGAGCCCACUGUUCUCUACCUCCACGGUUAAACGAAUGGAAGACAAUUGUUAUCCAGAUGCUUCUAGUUUAACUGAAUAGCCUUCGUGCUUUUCGCUAUCCUUGUAACCCAAAGUGUCGUCUUCGAAGCGUUUUCGGCAGAUACUAACUAGGCUUAUAGGAUGAUAUAUUUAUUGUCUGUUCUUCAAAACACUCUAUUCUUCUUUUAGAUUACUUUCUCAAAUAUUAUUCUUAAUCAUAUUUACCCUCAAUAUUGCUCUUCAUGAUCAAGAAUUUCUCUGAAUUUCUUGAGAAUUUUGGUGGGAAGAAAAUCUCCACUAUUUAUUGGGCAGCUCCAACUUAAAAAGAUUCAUUUCUUAGCUUCUCCUCUCCCCUCGUGACUUCUAUUGUUUCAGUUCUAAAGGGCGCAUUUUGUUUACUGAAACAGGAGGUUAAGGAAGAGGUUACAGGAAGCUGAGGAAUACAUUGAUGUUCUUCAGACACAGCAUCAGCUUGUGAGCAAGUAAGCAUUUUAGAAAUAACGGCCCCUCGAAUAAUAAGGUUAUAAAUGGAAAAUAUAAUAGUACCACGGCCAAGGAUGAUUGUGUAGAAGAUUGUUAAAGUUUCGAAAAUCAUUUAAAAGGCUUUCACGAACAAGAAAGUCCAAAGUAGUUUCGGAUUCCUAAUGCUACUCUCUUCAAUUUGACGUAGUUUACUCGAUCAGCAACGAAUACCUUUCCCAUACUCGAUGCCACUGACAUGGAAAGCCUACAUGGAGAACAAAACAGCUAAGAUGGAGGAAGAAAUUCGGUCGUUGAAGAAAGAAAGUUUAUUAAAGAAAAUUGCACUGGACACUACAGAGGAAAGAUGCAAUGAGCAAAACGAUGAAGUAAGGUAAAUAAGUCUCUUGUCGUAUGGACCACGAUGUUAAAUUACUUUGAAACUCAAGUCUUUUAGCUGAUGGAGUAUCUCCUCGAAUAGAAGUGAAGAAAAUUGCUACACUCGAAGCUUUACUGACAGAACGGUCGCAGCGGCACCGGGAGGAAGUGGCGUCAACCCUUUCACUCCCAAAUGCCAAUUAGUUAUUCUCCUUAUUGUCUACGAUAUAAGUUAUAUGAUGUUAGUUUGGAGAAUAAGGUAUUGGAUCACUUAGUGAUCCCCUAAUUGAUACUAUUCUGUAUUCUCUUUACUUGUCUGCUUGAUGUUUCAUUUAUACUUUGAGGAGAAAUUCUAUGUUGGUCACUCAUGGGAGUAAAAGGGUUAAUGGGGAGGAAGGGUCGAGAUGGGCUACCUGUUUCCUGGGGAAUAUUUCAACAUGUUCAGCAUUUUUGAGUAUAAAUAUUUAUCAAAGCACAUGGAUCGAUAAGACCGGGACACCCAAAAAUAGAUGCUUAGAAGAGAACUGAAAAAAACAUAUGAUAAAGAGUUUGGUGCAGUGAGGACAACGUUUGAUCAACACUCGCUUUUUUUUUCUUUUUUUUUUCAAAUCAGGGGAGAUAAAAGCUCCUACUAAUGAGCUAUCGGAUUAUUUUAUUUGCAUUGUAGCCCAAUAAGUCUGUCAAUCAUCCCAAUUAAGAUGAAAUUAGUAUUAUUUUGGCCUGCGGAUAAAAUAUAAGUACUAUUAAAGAGAUGAUCAUUACAGGUGAGUUGCAAUCAACGAAAUUACAGAAAAGAAGCCUGAGAAAUCCAGGCUUCGACGGCAUUCAAAAACGUGCAUCCCAAUGCAGUUACUAGAUACUCCCAAGUACUAGGUUUCCGGCGUAACUCAGUUGGUAGUGGUGCCCUUAUAGUACUAUUAGUAUAAUUACUCCGGGCCGCGUUGUUCAAAGCUGGGUUAAGAUAUCCCAGGGUUAGUGUGAAAUCUAGUUUCAGAUCUGAAGCCUUAAAAGAAUAUUCAGUGAAAUUAUUUUUGUCUACAAUUUAAUGCUUGGAUGCUCCAAAAAUAAUAGAGGAAAUUAUCUGAAAAGGUUUUUGAAGAAAGAAAUAAAGAAACCCAGAUUAAAAAUUAACCCUGGGUUAGCGCCAAUCGUCCUCCGAACAACUGGGCCGGUGAUUAUAAAGAAGCGCGCGCCCUGAGUGGUCGAGAAUUGCGUCAUAUCAGGCUAAAUCGCGCUCUAAUCGCCUCGCGCGAGGUGAAUCUAGCAGGGGCGUUAAAUUUCACAAUGGUUGCCUUGCGUUUUGUCAGUGUCACCGGGGAAGGGAUAAACGUGAUGGAGGAAAAUUCAAUACUGAUGAGCACAAACGAUGCUACUACGUUUGGCGUAACACUUUCCAAAAGAAAGCUAUGAAGUUUUUGCUCACUGCUUUCAAUAAACCUGUUAAAUUGAGAGACUGGCUGCUUAUCUCAAUACGAGUAAACAAAACAAUUGUAAAAGAAUGGUUCAAACAACAAAACGAAUUCACAACAGAAUUCGAAGCACCUUAGCAAUUAUACUAAAACAAUUAUUCACCUCAGGGUCAGUGAAUAUUGUUGAAUAAUCCCCGAGACGAAGUCGAAGUGAUUAUUCAACAAUAUUCAAUGAGCCUGAGGCGAAUAAGUGUUGAAUAUUAGUCAGAUACACGGGGUAAUAACGUCAGAAGGGAAUACAAAAAAUGGCCUGUGGUCAUAGCGAGAGUUUGGUCAGAUUGAUGAGGAAAAACAAAUUACUGGGUCUUCAAACACCUUUUGUCGGAGCAGUCGUGGCUUGGUUCUACUGGAAGAGAACUGUUAGGUCUGCUUUCCUAGGAUAGUCUAAGUAAGAAAGAUCGAUCAAAGUACGUAAGAAAACUCGUUCCAUUCUUUUCUCUAGUUGAAGGCCUUUCAUUUGAGUGUCACACAAAGAGCAUUUCACAAUGUUUUGUCUCAUAACAACCCCUCGAGAUAAUUUAUCACUGAGUCGUUACAAAAGCAUAAAGCUCGGCAACUUUUUUCCUUUACAGACAACUAGAGGAGGACGAAAUUAACCUUCGGAGACAGACUUCAGAUGUUCUGAGAGAGUUCUGGGAUUUAAAAAUAAAACGGGAAGCCGAUCAGUUCUCUCUGUUUCAAAAGAAUGACCCACCGGACAAUUUUUCUGUUACCUCACUUCCAAAUCUUUAUUUCACGGACUUAUGA